UUAAUUAAUUAUGUCUUUUCAAUAAACUUUCAUACUGAAGAGCGUAAAAACCUAACCCUAAACACCGAAAAGAGCUUGAGAAAACCAGCAAUCCAACCAUGGUGUGCAUAAGGAAGGCAACAAUAGAUGACCUACUAGCGAUGCAGGCUUGUAACCUGCUAUGCCUUCCGGAAAACUACCAGAUGAAGUAUUAUUUCUACCACAUCCUCUCCUGGCCGCAGCUCCUCUAUGUCGCCGAAGACUACAAUGGUCGCAUAGUGGGCUACGUGUUGGCCAAGAUGGAGGAAGAAUCUAAUGAAUGUCAUGGUCAUAUCACCUCUCUUGCUGUCCUCCGCACCCACCGGAAGUUGGGACUCGCAACUAAGCUCAUGAGUGCAGCCCAGACUGCCAUGGAACAGGUGUUUGGAGCAGAAUAUGUCUCACUACACGUGAGGAAGAGUAAUCGGGCUGCAUUUAAUCUGUACACAGAAACGUUGGGCUAUAAGAUUCAUGAUGUGGAGGCAAAGUAUUAUGCAGAUGGAGAGGAUGCAUAUGAUAUGCGGAAGCAGCUUAAGGGAAAACAGAUUCAUCAUCAUGGACACCAUCAUCAUCACCACCAUCACGGUGGUGGGUGUUGUGCAGGUGAUACCAAGCCUGUGGAAGCAAGAGCAGACACAAAAUCAGAGGCAAAAGCCGGCACGAAAUCAGAAUCAAAAGCAGGCUGAUGAUUGUAAGUAUACCCAAUAUUUGGAUAACAGCGCAAUUAUCUCUUGUUGAGUGAUUAAGGUUGUAGUGAUUAUUAUAAUUAUAGUUUGUUUCUGGUUGUAAUAAUGCAGUGAAGGACCUGGAUUUGCAUGGCUAUUUCCAGUCAUAGUUUCCACAUACAUUGUGAUGAACAUUGUUGUGUAAUUGUUCUUGCACCUUUAUCAUAAGAUACAUUUUAUUUA